AUGAAGUUCGCGCUGUGCCUGCUAGCGCUGCUCAACCUGGGUGCUUUGCGGCCCGUGGGGGGCCGGGCGUCCGCCCCCAUCUCCACGGCGGCUUUGGAGGAGCUAGCCUACCCCUUCGACGUAGAGGCGGUGUCUGCGGAAGCCCAGCAGCCCCAAGUGAGGGUACAGAGGCCCGGAGACAACGAGGUUGCCCUUGUUGAGGAGGAUCUGCCCCAAGGCAGGGUGUAUUACAAUGGAAGCCAGCUAUGGAAGGUACUGGUGGACAAGAGGGAGAAUAUCGAGUUGCUGGUCACACUUAGGGAGGACAAAGACAUUAGCAUGUGGGGGGGAAACUCAACCACUGUGGAUGUUUUGGUCAAACCGAAUUCGGUUGAAAAAGUCAGGAAAAUUUUCAAAGACAACAAAGUGGGUUUUGAUAUUGUUAUCGAAGAUUUGCAAAAGGUGAUCGAUGAAGAAAACCCGGCUGUUAUAGAACUCGAUGACAGAAGAGGACAUCGCCUCACCUGGCAAGCCUAUCACAGACUGACCGAUAUCCACGGAUACCUGGAUUAUUUGGCCGAAACGUAUCCGGAUUUGUGCAGUGUGCAAACCAUAGGGCAAUCAGUGUUGGGCAAGGACAUCAAAGUUUUGAAGGUGUCCAAUGGAAAACCCGGCAACAAGGCGAUGUGGGUUGAUGGAGGUAUUCACGCCAGAGAAUGGAUUUCCCCCUCCACCGUUACCUACAUUAUCAACCAAUUCGUUACCAACAUCGAGUCUGAACCUGCAUCUAUACAAAACAUGGAUUGGUACUUUGCGCCAGUUUUAAAUCCAGAUGGUUAUGAGUACAGUCACACCGUGGACAGGCUGUGGAGGAAAAACAGAGCUAGGGGGGUUGGGCAAUGUUCUGGAACCGAUCUCAACAGAAACUUUGGAUAUCGCUGGGGAGGCAAAGGAUCCUCCAAGAACCCCUGUACCGAAACCUAUGGAGGCAGCGGACCAUUUUCGGAACCGGAAACGGCCUCGGUGGAGAGGUUCAUCAGAAGCAUUCAAAACUGGAAAGCGUACAUCUCGUUCCAUUCGUACGGACAAUACAUUCUGUACCCGUGGGGUUACGACAGGGUCGUACCCCCAGAUUACAAGGAUUUGGAGGCAGUGGCCAGAAGAGCUGCUCAGGCCAUACGCACAGCGGGGGGACCUUCGUACACCAUCGGGCCGGCCGGGGGGACCCUGUACCCGGCUUCCGGGGGGUCGGACGACUGGGCCAAAGGCGUCAUGAAGAUGAAAUACGCGUACACGAUCGAACUAAGAGACAGCGGAAGGUUCGGUUUCGUGCUUCCCGCCAAUUACAUUCAACCCACCGCGAGAGAGGCCCUAGCCGCGCUCAAGGUCAUCGCCGAAGCCGCCUACCUUGCCUAAAUCAUUUUUUGUCGGUAUCGACCGAUGUACUUUUAGUUAGCGA